AUUGAAAAAAAGAAAAGGGAAGUAUCUAUCGACGACAACGACGAUGACGAUGAUGAUGAUGAUGAUGAUGAUGAUGAUGAUGAUGAUGAUGAUGAUGAUGAUGAUGAUGAUGAUGAUGAUGAUGAUGAUGAUGAUGAUGAUGAUGAUGAUGAUGAUGAUGAUGAUGAUGAUGAUGAUGAUGAUGAUGAUGAUGAUGAUGAUGAUGAUGAUGAUGAUGAUGAUGAUGAUGAUGAUGAUGAUGAUGAUGAUGAUGAUGAUGAUGAUGAUGAUGAUGAUGAUGAUGAUGAUGAUGAUGAUGAUGAUGAUGAUGAUGAUGAUGAUGAUGAUGAUGAUGAUGAUGAUGAUGAUGAUGAUGAUGAUGAUGAUGAUGAUGAUGAUGAUGAUGAUGAUGAUGAUGAUGAUGAUGAUGAUGAUGAUGAUGAUGAUGAUGAUGAUGAUGAUGAUGAUGAUGAUGAUGAUGAUGAUGAUGAUGAUGAUGAUGAUGAUGAUGAUGAUGAUGAUGAUGAUGAUGAUGAUGAUGAUGAUGAUGAUGAUGAUGAUGAUGAUGAUGAUGAUGAUGAUGAUGAUGAUGAUGAUGAUGAUGAUGAUGAUGAUGAUGAUGAUGAUGAUGAUGAUGAUGAUGAUGAUGAUGAUGAUGAUGAUGAUGAUGAUGAUGAUGAUGAUGAUGAUGAUGAUGAUGAUGAUGAUGAUGAUGAUGAUGAUGAUGAUGAUGAUGAUGAUGAUGAUGAUGAUGAUGAUGAUGAUGAUGAUGAUGAUGAUGAUGAUGAUGAUGAUGAUGAUGAUGAUGAUGAUGAUGAUGAUGAUGAUGAUGAUGAUGAUGAUGAUGAUGAUGAUGAUGAUGAUGAUGAUGAUGAUGAUGAUGAUGAUGAUGAUGAUGAUGAUGAUGAUGAUGAUGAUGAUGAUGAUGAUGAUGAUGAUGAUGAUGAUGAUGAUGAUGAUGAUGAUGAUGAUGAUGAUGAUGAUGAUGAUGAUGAUGAUGAUGAUGAUGAUGAUGAUGAUGAUGAUGAUGAUGAUGAUGAUGAUGAUGAUGAUGAUGAUGAUGAUGAUGAUGAUGAUGAUGAUGAUGAUGAUGAUGAUGAUGAUGAUGAUGAUGAUGAUGAUGAUGAUGAUGAUGAUGAUGAUGAUGAUGAUGAUGAUGAUGAUGAUGAUGAUGAUGAUGAUGAUGAUGAUGAUGAUGAUGAUGAUGAUGAUGAUGAUGAUGAUGAUGAUGAUGAUGAUGAUGAUGAUGAUGAUGAUGAUGAUGAUGAUGAUGAUGAUGAUGAUGAUGAUGAUGAUGAUGAUGAUGAUGAUGAUGAUGAUGAUGAUGAUGAUGAUGAUGAUGAUGAUGAUGAUGAUGAUGAUGAUGAUGAUGAUGAUGAUGAUGAUGAUGAUGAUGAUGAUGAUGAUGAUGAUGAUGAUGAUGAUGAUGAUGAUGAUGAUGAUGAUGAUGAUGAUGAUGAUGAUGAUGAUGAUGAUGAUGAUGAUGAUGAUGAUGAUGAUGAUGAUGAUGAUGAUGAUGAUGAUGAUGAUGAUGAUGAUGAUGAUGAUGAUGAUGAUGAUGAUGAUGAUGAUGAUGAUGAUGAUGAUGAUGAUGAUGAUGAUGAUGAUGAUGAUGAUGAUGAUGAUGAUGAUGAUGAUGAUGAUGAUGAUGAUGAUGAUGAUGAUGAUGAUGAUGAUGAUGAUGAUGAUGAUGAUGAUGAUGAUGAUGAUGAUGAUGAUGAUGAUGAUGAUGAUGAUGAUGAUGAUGAUGAUGAUGAUGAUGAUGAUGAUGAUGAUGAUGAUGAUGAUGAUGAUGAUGAUGAUGAUGAUGAUGAUGAUGAUGAUGAUGAUGAUGAUGAUGAUGAUGAUGAUGAUGAUGAUGAUGAUGAUGAUGAUGAUGAUGAUGAUGAUGAUGAUGAUGAUGAUGAUGAUGAUGAUGAUGAUGAUGAUGAUGAUGAUGAUGAUGAUGAUGAUGAUGAUGAUGAUGAUGAUGAUGAUGAUGAUGAUGAUGAUGAUGAUGAUGAUGAUGAUGAUGAUGAUGAUGAUGAUGAUGAUGAUGAUGAUGAUGAUGAUGAUGAUGAUGAUGAUGAUGAUGAUGAUGAUGAUGAUGAUGAUGAUGAUGAUGAUGAUGAUGAUGAUGAUGAUGAUGAUGAUGAUGAUGAUGAUGAUGAUGAUGAUGAUGAUGAUGAUGAUGAUGAUGAUGAUGAUGAUGAUGAUGAUGAUGCACGAUUUUGCAGUUUAAUCCAUCAUAAGAACUCCGUGUAA